CCAAUAUUUGAUUAAAUUAUAUAAUAAUAUUUGCUUUCGUUCAGGAAAUAACGCAGACUCGAAAUAACCCAUUUCGUUGUAUUAUUUCAGUUGCUAUUUCAUAUCAUACGAAUCAUUUUGUUACGUGUUCUUGGUGGAAUCAUUGAAGCUUGAUUAUAGCAAAAAUGUCAGAACUACCAGAACGCAUUCCCAAACCUCAAAUGCGUGGACUACUUCACAGCCUGAUAAAAAAAAAUUUAAUUUUGACUGGAAUAUCGGUAUUGAUAGCAGGAGGUUAUAUGAGAUUUGUUUACGGAGAUGGAAACAAGAGAGCUUAUGCUAACUUCUACCUUAAUUAUGACGCCGAAAAAGAAUUCCACACAAUGAGAAAGAAAGGACUUUUUGAUUCUUGUGAUCCAGACGAUGAUGAGUAAUAAGCUGAAAUAUCUUAUUCAUUCAAUGUUAAAAAAUUAAUGUAAUACAUUUAAUUUAUGUAAUGAAA